AUGCAUACCAAUCCUGAAAGUCAAGAUGCUAUUAUUAGCAAAGCAAUUGAUAUUACUGAAAUUACAAAUUGUAAUAAGAUUAUUUGGGCUAAUUUUAGUUCUACUUUAGGGGAAAUGAGGGAUGUUCAAGGAGAUGAUGGAAAAUCAUCAAUUUUAUGGGGUUUUUGCCAAAUACUUAACGAAGUAACAACAUCUCCCAUUUUCAAACCUUUCAAAAACCUUAAAAAAUGUUUUGGUGAUGAUGAUGGGAUUCAAGGAUUUCUUGAUUUUGAUGGAAAUCUUUAUUAUUUAAAUUUGAAUUCAAAUCAAGAAGAAAUUAUUGACAGUAAUUUAACCACAAAAUUUAUUGACAUUGCCCAAUUUUGGACAGGUAAAGAUGUAAUAGGAAUCACAGAGGACGGAAAAUUGAUGAAAUGGAAUUUAAGAAAUAAUUCUACUCCUGAAGAGAUAAUAAUACAAUCGGAUGAAGAAGGAGAUGAAGUUAUAGAGAAAUUUUUUAUUAAUGUUGCAUGUGGAGAAAAUCAUUGUUUAGCAUUGACUAGAGAUGGCGAAGUAUUUAGUUGGGGAUCCGGAAGAUAUGGACAAUUAGGUCACGGAAACUUAAAUUCCUUAGAUAAAUCAGAUAAACCAAAGGUCAUAGAAUUUUUACAAGGAUUAAAAAUUACUUCUAUUGCAUGUGGAGCAUGGCAUUCUGCUGUAAUAUCGGAUUCGGGAGAUUUAUAUACAUUCGGUUGGAAUAAUCUAGGAAGAUUAGGAAUUUCACCACCAGGAAAUAAUAACGGAAAUAACGAGAACACCUUAAAUUCUGCUGAACCUUCAUUAGUAGAAUUUCAAGGAGAUUGCGAUGACGAUUUUAUAAAUGUGGUCAAAGUUGCAUGUGGGAGUGCACAUACCGUUGUUCUUACAGAUGACAACAAUCUUUUGACUUGUGGAUGGGGUAAAUAUGGACAACAAGGUCAAGGACCUGAAAAUUUAUCGGAAAAUUAUUCUUUUACUUCUGUAAUUGAAGGGAAAAAGGUUAUAGAUUGUUAUUGUGGACGAUGGAAUACUUUCGCUAUUGUAUUAGAAUAA